AUGCCCAUCUUUAACCAGGUAGCAAAGACAAUGGAUCCCGGCAAAGUAGUCGGAGGCCCUACAGUCUCUCUCUUUGGAUGGAAUGGCAGCAAUGGAGCUCUUACAAAGGAUUUGGGUCAACCUGAGGGCAACACCAUGAGCGACAUGCAGCUCGACUCCAUGAAGCAUGCGAUCAUUAUUACACGAGGCGAAGUGGAAUAUCGAAUCCACUCGGUCAUUCCUGCGGGACAUGCUGAAGUUAUUUUCAUACUGCGUAUCCCUGGUGCCGUGUUUGUGUCGCGUUAUUUUACCACGGACUUCUUCACGGUAACUCGCAGCGCCAUCCGCAAAGAAAUGGUCAAGCUAUCAGGCCGAAUGAAUGCAAAAAUACAGGGAAUUUCAGGGAACGACGGGCCUUAUGAGCUUUCGGUUCCGGAAGGCACACGUCUCGAUGUCUACUACCCUAAAGCACCGACGGGCAUCUACUCUUCCACGAAAUUUCAGGCAACUUUGACAUCGUUGGGGCGAGAAUUCACAUACCAAAGCCGCAUCAAAUUUGGCUCUCAUACAUACAGUGGAAGUAAAACUGAAGUGAUCGUCACAGUUCCGCCACAGUCACGGGGAGUGGCCUCCCAUAGAACUACUACUGCAUGA